AUGGAGCAAAAUCUACCAAUCAUAGCAAAGAAAUUGUUGAAAAUAGUAAAAGUGGUAUAUUUCAUGCUGAGAAAAGGCAUUUCAAAGGGGAAGCUAUUAGCUGAUCUCAGCAUGCUGAUGAAGCGCGGCAAGAUCGCCGGCAAAGCCGCCAUCCACAGCCUCAUGCCCCACCACCACCGCCCUUCUACCUCGGAUCGCCACCUAGAAUACGAGUUCAGCUGGGCCAAAACCUCCGCGCACAAGCGGAAGCAGUGCCGCCCCACCGAGGAAGAGCUAAUGAAGGCCGCGGUCGAGAUGUUCCACAGCGCCACUGCCUCGCCGGCUCUUCCGGGCUUCGGCCCGAGCCCGAUGGUGAGGCAGCUGAGGAUAACUGACUCACCGUUUCCGUUGAGAAACGAUGAAGAAGAUAAUCACGUAGAUGAAGCUGCUGAAGAGUUUAUCACAAGAUUUUAUAAGGAUUUGGGGCAGCAAAAUUCUCUCUUAUUCCUUAAAAUUUUGUGA